AUGGACACCAAACGAUUCAUCCAGCUGGUUGAGGAGAAGAAGAAGAAGAUUAUGGAGAGAAAGGAGGCCCCUUUGAAAUGGGAGCAAAAACUGGAAGCUGCUGCUGAAGCUAAGGAGAGAAAACUCAAGGCUGCAAAGCAUAGAAAAAGAUCAGUUUCUGAUAAUGACACUGAUUAUGACAGUGAUGAUGAGAGUAGAAAGACAAGUAGAAGAUCUCAUAGGAAGCACAGGAAGCAUUCUCACAAUGACUCUGGUGACCAUGAAAAAAAGAAAGAAAAAAGUUCCAAACGGAAAACAAAGAAAUGGUCCUCAGAGUCUAGUGAUUUUAGUAGUGAUGACUCUGAGAGUAGCUUUGAGGAGAGGAGAAGAAAAAAGAAGCAAAGCAAGAAGCUGAGAGAUCGAGGUUCAAGAUCAGAUUCCAGUGACUCUGAAGAAGGUGAUAGUCCGGUUCGGAAAAGAAACCAUGGAAAGCAUAGCAAACGCCAUCGACGAUCAGAAUCUAGUGAAUCUGACUUGUCAAGUGAUACAAGUGAUGAUGCUCCCCGUAGGAAAGGCCACAGAAGGCACCAUAAACAUCAUAAGCGAUCACAUAAUGUGGAGCUGAGGUCGUCUGAUUCUGAUUAUAACAGUAAUGGUCAAAGAAGUAGAUCAAAGUCUUCAGAAGAAAAUUCUGAAGAUGAAAGCAAAAGAUCAAUGCAUAAAAAGUCUAGUCGUCACCAUCAUCAUCAUCAUCAUCGCCAUCAUCACCACCACCAUCACCACAAACAUAGGCAUCAUAUGGAUGAUGAUAGAAAUCACAAGCAGCUGCACUCUCCAAAAUCCAUUGGAAAGCAUGACGAGGAGUUGGACAAAACUGAUACUGAGAAAAACGAUGGUGAUCAUCAUGAAAGAACUAUGGCUGAGAAUAACGAAGACCAAAUUGUUUGA